AUCUUCCUGCUGUGUAUGGUCGGGAACGGUCUGGUGUGCUCGAUAGUGUUGAAGAACCGUCGCAUGAGAACCGUUACAAACCUGUUCAUCCUCAACCUGGCGGUCAGUGAUCUGCUCGUGGGAAUCUUUUGCAUACCCACCACCCUUGUGGACAACCUCAUCACAGGUUGGCCGUUUUCCAACACAGUGUGCAAGAUGAGCGGCCUGGUGCAAGGCAUGUCAGUAUCAGCAUCAGUGUUUACCCUUGUGGCCAUCGCUGUUGACAGGUUCCGUUGUAUUGUCUAUCCUUUCCAGCCUAAACUAACUCUCCUUGUUGCCAAGGCAACCAUAGGGAUGAUAUGGGUCUUGGCCAUAAUGAUAAUCAGUCCGUCUGCAGUGAUGCUGACCGUGGAAAGAAUGGACAACCACUACAUGGUCCACAAUGAAGACUACAACCACACGUACCCUAUGUACAGGUGUUUCGAGAACUGGCCCGACCCGGAAAUGCACAAAAUCUACACCAUGGUGCUGUUUGCUCACAUUUACCUGGUGCCCCUCAGUCUGAUCACCCUGAUGUACGGCCGCAUCGGCGUGAAGCUGUACACCACCACUGUAGUGUCGGCUGGGGAGCCCAACGAAGCGCCGUCCCAACCCAUAGCACAGCCUCACGAGGCCACCCGACCGCUGGUGUCCAACAAGAAGAUCAAAGUCAUCAAGAUGCUGAGCAUGGUAGCCCUGCUCUUCAUGCUGUCGUGGCUCCCUCUGUGGACCCUACUGCUUUUGGCUGACUAUGGUGACCUGCGCAAGGACCAGCUGGAGCUCCUGACGAGCUACUUCUUCCCAUACGCCCACUGGCUAGCCUUCUCCAACUCGAGCGUCAACCCCAUCAUCUACGGCUACUACAAUGAGAACUUCAAGAGAGGCUUCCAGGCCAUCUGCCAGACCUACUCCUGCUGCUACACCAUACAGGUUGGGCUAAGGCCCCGAGAGAGCAGCGAAGGGGUUCAAGCCAAUAGGGUAUAUGGCCUGAGGAACAUUACAACCAACACUAACUUUGGGGCGAGAAACCGAGUCCACACAGACAAGGACCUGCAGGAGUUGGGGCACCUUGAGCUCGAGCCAAGAAGGAAGCCCUGGAGACACGCUGACAACGGUGAGUCGGAGACAGUGCCAGGGGACAGCUCAGGAGCCUGUGACAUUAACAACAAAAAGGGUCCCCAGUCCCUUGAGAAUGUGGAGAUGAUCAGCCCAAACAGUGCCAGAGUAAGUCAGGCCUGGGAUCAUUGA